AUGCUACAGUUAUGCGUUGCCAUGCUCCAAGACCUUGGCUUUUGCAAAAACCCACAGAAUGCAAAGAAGAAGAUUACCAUGGGCGGAGUCGGUGCCAAUCUGUACUCUGUGCUAUCGCUUGCGGAGAAACGGGCAUUUCUUGGGACGUUCUACCUAGCUGCAAAUUUCGCACAGUCCUGGCGCAGACCGACAACACUGACGCACACUCGGUAUAUGGACCAGUGCUGCCAGCACCUGGCAGACUGUCAGGAGUAUUCGACCGAUGCGAUCAUCACACCGUUGAUCCAACUCGGUGCGCUACUGUGCAGAGUUCACAACUACUUCUCUUACGAUGACAUUGAGAAUGCGGACGUUAAAGGAGAAGCGCUGGUGCAUUUAUCUGUGGCCAAUUUCGAUCGAGAACUAGAUCGUAUUACCGAGUCAAUUCCCCAGGCACUUAUACAAAGUAAUCCUGCUGUCAUAACGGCAACUCGCUUAAAGACCCUGUAUCGUUGUCUGAACGCCGUACAAUCUUACAUCAAGACCGUCCUCGCCGUCCUAGAUACCUCGCUUCACCACCUUGGCUUCCCUUCGUGGUCAGCAUGGUGUUAUGCGUGUAUCAUUGCUUGCAAGCUUGUCUUUCUAACAGACGAGCGUGAACAACAGACCGAGAUCAACGAGACCUUUGUCGAGGUCUUGAGACUUGUGAUGGACAAGUCUCUGUUCUAUGAACCCAUACCGUGCUCAUUGCCUGUAGAGGUCAUCCCAUCUACCUGGAACCCAAUCUCCGUGGCAAGAGAAGGCGAAGUGCUGUCUCUAUUCUAUCAAAUGUACAACAAGAUGAAAUUUUCACUUCCUCAAGAUCCAAACAGGUUACCAUAUGACCACUGCAAGACCGACCCGCUGUCUAGGAUUGCGUACUUCCAGAGAAACCUACUUUGCAGCUUCACAAAACGGCUGAAUGAGCAAAUCCCGAAGCUUGUCGGCCCGGACGAUAACAACAGCUCCGUCAGAGAGACGAACGCAGUCGCUCUACGAGAGAAUUGGGCCGCGCCACGAACGGACUACACGAAGCAAAGACAAGAGAGGGUCCGCAUGCCGCUUCUGCAGAACCUCCAUUUCAACUCGAUGAACUUCGACAGCAUUGCACCACCGGAGGAUUCGAUGCUGCAUGACGGGACGUUCGAAGACUGGCUCUGGAAUACAGCCAUGGACGACUUCGCGAUGCCGCCUCCGUGA